UGCAAUGAAAAAUCUAAUCGAUCACAAUUCUCCUAGCACAGCACGGCAGUACCCAAUCCUAUCGUUCCCCUUUUUCUCAUCAUUGACUCGUCUCCUUCCCGAGUCCCGACUCCCCAAAUUUCUCCAAUCCGAGCUGAGAACGCUGCCUCCCCCUCGGCCCUUUCCAAUUCCGAGGUCGCUCCAGCCAUCAAUGGAGACCAACGGUGCUAUUUUGUUCCCCAAUCAUCUCCCUAGACGUUUGAGGCAAUCCCGCAUCAAGAUGAGAGAUGGUAUGCUCUUGAGUUCUUCUCUGAUUGGAUCUGAGCGUUGGCGAGCACAUUAGGAGAAGAAGAGGGGACGGUUGAGUACGUGUUGCAGGCUGCAGAUCAAGGAACCUGCAUCAACAAUUCGGCAUCGAGCCAUAUGCUCAUAUCCAGGUGCUUUUGUUCCCUGUAUUGAUUAUUUACUGCAAGUUUUCUUGGUGACAUGUCUUCUAAAAAAUGUUUAUCUGGCUAUGAGAAAAAGAAGAGAAAACAAAAGAGAGAUGAACUGCUAGAAUCCGAGAGAGGUUCGAUAGACAAAUUUUUUGCAACUGGUAGCUCUUCUAGGAACUCCCUGCAAUUGGCCCUAGUAAAUGUUGAAGAGCACCAAACAGAGAAAUUAGGUGAUAAUAAUUUUAGUCAACCUGAAAACCGAGUUGAUUCACCAAAUUCGGAAAUUCCAAGAGUUGAUGAACAGCGACCUUUUACUGUUGAUAUUCUUGAUCCACGAAAUUGGGACAAUUUGGAUGAUAAAGGUAGGCACAUUUUAAUUGAAAAGGGGCCCUUAAGAAAAGAGAAUAUUGUGUUCCCACCAGAUAGUAAGUCUAGGCAUUUUUCAGAAACUUAUUAUUCAAGAAAAAUGAACAAUGGGGAGAUGCAUGAUAGGAAAUGGUUGGUUUACUCUACAUAUGUUAACAAGGUGUAUUGUUUCUGUUGUAAGCUUUUUAAAUCCCAUGGCAACAAGAGUUCGUUAGCAGGUAAUGGACUGAAAGAUUGGAAGCAUCUUAGCGAGAGACUUAAAGAACAUGAAAAUGGUGCAGAGCAUAUUAAAAACUUGAACACUUGGAAUGAAUUUAGAGUCAGACUAUCAAAAAAUAAAACAAUUGAUAGUGAUUUGCAGCAACAAAUCACAAAGGAGAAAGAACAUUUGAGGCAAGUGCUAAUAAGACUAGUGUCCAUUGUGAAAUUUCUUGCUAAACGAAACUUAGCUUUUCGUGGAUCUAGUGAAAAAUUUUACGAAUACAACAAUGGUAAUUUCUUGGCAUGUGUAGAGAUGAUUGCCGAAUUUGAUCCAGUAAUGCAAGAACAUCUUAGGCGAAUUAAAAAUGAUGAAAUUUAUCAUCAUUAUCUCAGCCACAAAAUUCAGAAUGAGUUAAUUUCUCUAUUGGCCUCUGCUGUUACAAGUUCUAUCUUAAAAAUUGUUAAAGAGGCUAAAUAUUUCUCUGUUAUUCUUGAUUGUACUCCGGAUGUUAGCCAUCAAGAACAAAUGACUUUAAUUAUUAGAUGUGUUAACAUGUCCAACAACAAAAUUAAGAUAGAGGAGUUCUUUAUGGAAUUUCUAAAGGUGGAUGACACAUCUGGUUUGGGUCUUUUUAAUGUACUUCUUGAUGCUAUAGAGUCUUAUGGCUUAAAUAUUAAUGAUGUCAGAGGCCAAGGUUACGAUAAUGGUUCGAACAUGAAAGGGAAAAAGGAAGGGGUACAAAGUCGAUUGCUUGAAAUUAAUCCAAGUGCUCUGUAUAUGCCAUGUGCGUGUCAUAGUCUAAAUCUUACUUUGUGUGAUAUGGCUAGUUCGUGCGGUAAAGCUAUUUCCUUUUUUGGAAUUGUCCAAUGCAUUUAUGUUUUAUUUUCAAGUUCCACUAAAAGAUGGAAAGUGUUGCUUGACCAUAUUCCAAGUUUAACUGUGAAAGGAUUGUCUAACACACGCUGGGAGAGUAGAAUUAAAAGUGUUAAAGCUAUUAGAUUUCAAGCGCCCCAAUUAAGGUUAGCUUUGUCCGAGGUAGGUAAAAUUUGUACAGAUGCCAAGUCGAAGACUGAUGCAAAAAAUUUAUUUGAUGCGCUUGGUAGUUUUGAGUUUUUUACUCGGUAUGGUCAUCUGGCAUGACAUUUUAUUUGUUGUAAACUCAGUGAGUAAGAACUUGCAGUCCGCGACCAUGUGUGUCGACUCUACUUUGCAGCAAAUUGGAGGAGUAAUGGAUUUUUUUGACAACUACAGAAAUGUAGGAUUUGCAUCUAGUUUGAAGAUUACGAAAGGACUUGCAUCCGAAAUGGGAAUAAAACCAUCAUUUCCAAUAAAACGUACUGUUACUAGGAAAAGACAAUUUGAUGAGCCCGAUCACGAUGAAGAAGUUCUAUUAGCUGAGAAGGCAUUUGAAGUUAAUUAUUUCUUAGUCAUGGUCGAUGUUGCAAAAGUCUCUCUGGAAAACAGAUUUGAAGAACUUAAAGUGUUCAAAAAUAUAUUUAGAUUCUUACUUAACUCAAAAUACUUAAAGUCAUUGAAUGAUAUUGAUUUGCGCAAAUGUUGUGAAAAAUUUGUAGAAACCUUUUCUUAGAGUGAUGUUGAAUUAGAUGAUCUUUUUUCUGAAUUAAGACUACUGCAAAUGACUUUACCCAAAUCUGAUGUGCUAUUGCGUGCUAUGGAGAUUUUUGAGUUUGUUAGAGACAUAGCUUGCUUCCCAAACAUAUUAAUAUCUUAUCGAAUUUUAUUUACUGUACCGGUCACUGUAGCAUCAGCAGAACGUAGUUUCUUAAAGUUGAAGUUGUUGAAAAACUAUUUGAGAUCAUCCAUGUCACAGGAAAGACUGACCGGUCUUGCAACUUUAUGCAUUGAGAAAGAUAAGCUGGAUGAAAUAAAUGUUGAUGCGAUAAUUGAUGACUUUGCCUCUAGAAGUGUUAAAAGAAAACAAAAGAUUUGUUCAUCAUAGUAUAAACAUGAAGUGUUAAGAUUGCUUUGCUUUGCCAUAUGUAGUGAACUUUGGGGAAGUUUUGUUCCCGGUGAAGACAUGGAGUGAAGAGCAUUGCAGAUUGAGAAGUUUUUACCGCAUGAAGAACAUAGUAGAAUGAAGAUGAUGGAAACUGAUAUGAAUUGAUGGUCUUUUUAUGGCACUUGGAAGAUUGAUCAUUUGUAGAACUAUAAUGUUGCCAUGAUGUAGUUAUUUGAGUUCAAAGACCAUCAAUAUAAUGCUAUAUAUGUACAGCGUUGCUUUUAAAAUACAAUGCAUUCUAUUUUUUAUUGUCAAUAA